AUGGGAGGCGCUCAACGCCGCCCGGGCACAUACCUGGCAUCACUCGAGUCUUCUGUAGAAUCCUCUUCGUCGAUGUCUGAUUCUGCAGAAUCCACAUCGCCUGGUUGUCUUCCAAGAAGUCGUCUGGAUUCUGGAGCUUCAGAAACGCCAUUAUCGUCAGAAAUGCCGGAUCCAGGAGAUGGAGUUCGCAUGGAUUCUGGAGCUUCAGGAGCAUCUGGAGCGCCGACAAUGUCAUCUGAAGGCAUCUCACUAUCGUCGUCUGAUUCUGCAGAAUCUUCUUCGUCUUGUGGGCGUCCCAAAAGUCGUCUGGAUUCUGAAUCCUCCAUAACAACAUCAUCCAUAGAUUCUGGAGCAUCGUCGCCUUCAGAAUCUGACAAGUGUCUUCUGGAUUCUGAAUCCUCCAUAACAACAUCAUCAUCGGGACUGUUAGAUCGUGAAGAUGAAGAUCGCAUGUCUUCAGAUGCUCCUGGAGCGUCGACGGCUUCUUCUGAACGUUCGCUAGGAGGUCUUCUGGAUUCUGGAGCCUCAACGACAGCGUUAUCUUCAGAAAUGUCUGAUUCAGGAGACGGAGUUCGUGAGACUUCUGGAGCUUCCUCUGGUCUUCUGGAUUCUGGAGCCUCAACGACAGCAUUAUCUUCAGAAAUGUCUGAUUCAGGAGAUGGAGUUCGGCUAGCGGAUUCUGGAGCUUCUUCCUCAUCUUCUACUUUAACCUCUGGUCUUCUGAAUUCUGGAGCUUCCACGACUUGA